AUGUUUUUAGGCAACGGGCGAGCGGUGGGUGCCGGAGUUGGUGGCACUAAGGCACUUGAUCCCUAUGAGGCCGCACAAACGGUAUUUCCGACACUGAUUCGUCCGCUGCAAAAGUAUCUGCGUGCCACGCGGCAGCAGUCACGUCAUCCGGUGGACUCAGUGAUCGAUCACUUGGCAACUUGCAUCACCUUUGGUCUCUCACCCCUCACCUUUUUGGAACGCUUCAAUCCUGCAGCAUCUACGCCGCAGCAAGACGCAGCGACAGCAGCCAACGCACUCACCGUGGCGCGUAAUAUCGCUCAACGCCACCGUCGUCCUCUCACCAUUGCGGGUGGUGCGAUGGCAGGGAGUGGAGGCGGGACAGAGGGAGGUGUUGAGGGUGCCGAGUACAAGCCUCCUGGUCCGCCAGUUGCUCCUGGCGGUCAACAGCUCUGGCAAAUUGUGGCAGAUCGUGCACUCUCUCGCGAUCUCGCCGACGGUCUGGUCUUCCAGCUUAGGCGACAGCACGGUAAUUGCGAGAUCUCCCUCCUCUGUACUGUCCACCGGUUGCCCCUUCUACAACUCCUUGAGGUCGGUGCUGGUACCUCCGGCGCUAUGACCUGA